AUGGAAAUGCAUAAUGAUAUGCUAUGGUUGUCAUUUCAUCGCUUGUUUCUUGCGCCUGACGGGAAAAAACGGGAAAAUCAUGGUGGUCCGUCAACGAGUUCACCAAAAUAUAAAGAUAGGCCUUUGUUAAAUAAUUCCUCAUUAACCUUCCCUUUUCUUUUUCGAAUAGAGCGCAUUAUUUUUGGUGUCGAGUCGCAAAGCGAUACCACUGGUGAUAGUGGUGAUGUAAAGAAAGAUGAGAAUAAAAGUAUGGAAGAAGAUUUGAGAACCGAAGAAGUACUUUCAGCCGUUACUCCAUCUACAACUCCACCUUUUGAGCGAUAUUCUCCGUCCUGUCCUAUUGAGGAUAUCGCGAUUGAAGACAUUGAAAGACUAUUAGGAGAGGAAACUACUUAUCCAAGGGAUAUUAUUUACGCGGAUUUACCUGGAACGCCACAAACGCAUAAGUCUCCUACACCUGACGUUGCAGUUAAAGGGACAGGCAUAAGUCUAUCGACUUAUGAAGUCUUAAUAGCCCAGAGACGCGAUGAGAGAACUCCAUCUGGUCUCUCAAACACUAAAAAUAUUUGCUAUAUGAAUUCGUUUCUGCAAGCUCUUUAUAUGACACCCGACUUUCGUAAUCUUAUUUUUUUGUAUGUUAUUUAUGAUAUUUGUUUUUCUGAAACGGAUCCACCUUUUUUUAGAUGGCAGACACCUAUUGAUAAAAAGGAGGAAUUUCGAUUUCCACAGGCACUUCAGGAUUUAUUUCUAGCACUUCAUAUUCGUUUAGGAUUUGUAGAUCCAUUGUUUUUUGCAGAAGAUUUUCCAUGGAAUUUCGAUGGAACUCAACAAGACGUCGAGGAAUUUGGAGGAAUGCUUCUUUAUUCUUUAGAUGAAAUUUGGAAAGGUACUAGUCAUGACCGAGCUAUUAGAAACAUUUUUUCGAGGCAAUGCAUAAGUACAAUAAAAUGUUUGACUUGUCAGCAUGCAAAUUCUAUAUGUGAAGAUUAUACUAUACUUUCUUUAUCACUUCCAUUAGAAUCUAAACAACAAAUAUUAACAAUUGACAAUUUGCUCGACAAUUUUUGUUCUCCUGAAGCAUUAACUGAUAGCAAUUCGUAUAAUUGUGAAAAAUGCAAGCAAAAACGGGAUGCGAUUAAAACAUAUCGAUUUCAAGAUUAUCCACAAAUUUUAUGUAUUUAUUUAAAAAGAUCUUUGGCUGGGCAAGUUGGCGCACAAAAGAAUCGUUUGAAAGUUUAUGUUCAGCGGGAGCUUAUAUUGGAUAAAUGGACUUACGAUGCGUCAGAAUCAGACAUUGAAGGAAAGUAUAAAUAUCAUUUAUAUGCUGCAAUAGUUCAUGUUGGUGCUUCUGCGAGAAGUGGACAUUAUAAAGCGUAUUGCAAAGAUCUGAGUAAAUCGAGAUGGUACAGUUUCGAUGACGUUAAUGUCUGCGAAAAAAAACCCGUAGAAAUCACCGAACUUUUCAUAAAACCUGAAUUUCUAGAAUCUGUUUGCAUGGUUAUGUUCAGAAAGGUUGAUGAUGCUAGUCCAGAAAAUUUGUUUCUUCCUGAUGAUGGCUUGCAACCUUAUGUUAUUGGUGAAAUCGACCGACUCACAAAAAUAGUGGCGGAAGGGUUAGAUAAACAUGAACACCAAAUUAAAUAUUGCACAUUUUCGAUCUACUAUGCAGCUCUUAUGGAUGCAGUAGGUUGCAACAAAAGAAAACGCAGUGUAGCUGUUAAAAAAGCACCUCCUAGAAUUGAGAGUGGAAUUCAUAUGUCUGAGCCAAGCGAACCGCGAGCAGAUUUAGGAAAAAGAGUUUAUGAAAUUGUGGAAUUAAGUCAAGUAUACAUUUUUUUUUCUCAUGAUUCCAUGUAUAGACUGUUUUAUAUUAGUGUGGAUCAUGCCAUUCAAGCAGCCGGUAUUGAACAACUUAAUUAUAUUGAAUUAAAUAACUAUAGAUUUUUGAAAAUGAAUGGCGAAAAUAUUUCUGGGUUUUAUGAUAUGCCUGAAAUUUUACCGAAAUUAAUCAAAGAAGUACUUAUUGACGAAUUCAACUCUAUUUUAUUGGAUCAGAAGCCAGGUGUUCUUCCUUAUUUCUAUGAUGUGUUCGAUACGGAUAGUUGUAUAACCGUGAUAAUUUUUCAAUACGAUUAUUGUAGUCGGUCUGUUAGCGAUUCAAUAUAUCGCUUACAGAUCAGCCGUAAGGAUAGUUUAACGUCGUUCAAACAGCUUUUGACAGCGUUGAUGAUAGAAGAGCAUCCGAAUGAAAUGCGUAUGGCGAUAAGUGUGAAUGAAUUUUUGCAUGUGCCAAUACUGAUUCCAUGGGACGAUAAUACUUCGUUGAAAAAAUUCUUAAACAUUCUCGAAUUUCCUUCAUCAAGCAAGAGAAGAAAAAUGCCAUUUAAAAUCAUUGUUGACAAUGAUUCCGAAGAUCGAAAAAGAAGUUUCGUCGAUUCGGCAAUGUUUGCCGAUUUGUGUCGUACUGCUCGUUUCUUAAAGAUUCGAAUUGUAAUGCCCAGUAGGACGGACUAUGAAUGUGUUAAUUUAUCAGAAAUGUAUUUUUGGGACAGAAUAGACAGAAAUUUUUUGAAGAAGUUAGCUACGCUUAAAGAUUUUGUUAGCAGAGAUACGUUCGAUUCAUCGUGGGGGGAACCAGAAGAAUAUUGCUGCUUCUUAAUUACGAAAUUCUUUGAAGAGCAAAGAGAAAUUGAAAUUAGCCUUCAUGAAAAUUACGGUUUCGAAAUAUUUAGAAGGCAUAUGGCAUGUUUGCUUGGUGUUAGCUUGAAAUUAUUACACUUUAUAAAUAUUUAUGCAAACGGUCUGGCAACGCUGCUAAAAUAUGAACCGAACAAGAUUGCUAGCGAAAUAUUUGAUAAUAAAGUUGAUAAGAUUUACGCAUUUUUACAAGCAUCGUCAAAUGAAGCUCCAAUUGCAAUAUAUGAAUAUAUAAAUAGCGUAUCACCAAUUACAAAGUGCAGACAUUUAUUCUAUAUUCGAGUUAAAUGCUUCAAUAAAAUUGAGGAAAUUGUAAAGAAAUGUUUGGAAUAUUUAAAAAGUAGUUUGGAUAAUUCUGCGCAUGUGGUCGUGCGUGAAUUAACAAAACGUGGAAUGAGAAGGUUAUUGCCUCAAGUGUGCAUUGACCAUAGAGACAAUCCGUGGCGUAGCCGUCUUUAUCUUCAAUUUGCAAUUGGUGAUACGGUAAAUAAACUUCCUAUAGUUGUUCGACGUGUGCACCCAUAUGAUAGCUCACUGCUGAGUUCGGACGAUAUUUUUUUGCCAAGUUUGUGUGAACAUCCAUUGCAAAUACUUAUCGGAGACCUACAAAAAAUUCAUGGCUAUAACAACACAAUUUAUUUAUCACCUGCAUUUCCUGAAGAAGAAAAUGAAGAAUUGGUUUGGCCAAUACUCAAAUCGCAACAAGAAAUAACGAAUAUGGUCUUUCAAAUACAUUGGAGCCCAAAGCCAGCGCAGUAUUAUAACGGCAAAGUUAUCUAUUACAUAGUUAAACCGUUGAAUGAGGAAGAAGAGGACGCUGAAAUGAGAAAUGCUUAG